AUGAUUGAACCAUCGAGUGGUAGAUGCCUUUAGUAGGGUUUGUUCCGGUGUUGGAAUAUUGGCGAAAGUAUAUUUCCUAUCACUGGAAAAGUAGUAGGAAAAAAGCAUGAAAUUGCCAAUGAAUUCACAACGAUUGUUCGGAUACACAGUGAUAUGCUUCGAUCGGUAAACGUGACCAUCAUAGUAAGAUGCAUCCAUUCUGGAACAUGA